UAGAAAAACAAGGAAAAGGAGAAAAAAAAGAACCACAGUUGUUGUUUGUGCAAGCAAAGAGUAUCUUCAAACUAUCUCAUCUCUCUCUUCAUAUGUUUCUUCUACAAUUCUACGAACUCAACCAUCUCCCAAGAAUCUACUAACAAUCAUCUCGUAAUCUUGCUUUCGUCUUUGACAUAUACCAGUUCAUUAUUGUUAAUCUUUUUAUUUGUUUUUCCCAUAAACAUUAGUUAAUAUUUGGUUGGGAUGCGAUGAGAUUGUUGAGGAGGAUCGCUGGAUUUCUUGGGUUUGUGAAAGACGAAUCUAGAGACCAACCACUAGAAGAAGAAGAAAAUGACUCCCAUCAUUAUAAUCAACCUCGUUUUUCCUCCAAUUUCCAAGAAUCUGGUCUUCCCCGUAAAGGCUUCGGUGUCCCAGUUCAGGUCGCCGUCGACCGCCCUCAGCUUGGCCCACUUCUCGUCCCCUCUAGCUCCGGGGAUGGCGGCGUUCAGGGUCUGAGAUGGUAUGCAAAGCGCCUGAAGAUAGAUGAAGAUGGAGAUGUUGCCGAUGAGUUCCUUGAAGAGGUAUCGCGGGAGACAUCAUCAAGUGUUGAUAAUCAGCAUAAAUCGUUGCCUAGGUUUCAAUUCAAGUAUAAUGCCCGACCAGCUAGAAUCAAGAACCAGGUAAUUACCAACGAUGGGAAAAUUCAACAGUGUGUAGAACAUCAAGGUAGGUUGCAGUGGGUAUAAUUUUUAUUUACAGCCGAUCCAAGUUCAGGUUUGCGGGUGGAGUUUUUAAUUUGUGAAGCCGUAGCGCAUGAGAGUUUGAUAUUGGCUUAUACAAACUAAUUCUUUUAGAUUAGAUUUGUGAUGGCAUGAAUUCUGGAACCCUGCACCCAAAUUGUAUGAUGAUCCGUUACAAAUCGGUUUACUAAAAAGAUCUUCGCUUUAGACUUUCUGAUCAGAGUAACAGAUACAAGCAGACAGAUUAUUCAGGAAAUGUAUGGAUUCAUUUGUCUUAGAUCUAAAUGCCAAAAGAAUCAUGUCUUUGUAA